CGCUGGCCAGAGGAGAGAAAAUACCUCGAAAUGGAACGAAACGAAAUCAUUGAUUCCGGAAUCUCUUACUUCAACGAUUCAUGGAAUUAUUUUGACUGGGUGACGUAUGCCUGGAUUCUGGGUAUCAUUGUGACCAGGAUUUUUGCAGUUGUCCUCAAAAAUGACUCGGCGCGUUCACUUCACCCCAAAGUGUUCGCGAUCGCCUUGAUCUUCAUCUGGCUUCGACUGAUGAAAGUUUUCCGCGGUUUUGUGACUUUAGGACCAUUCAUUGUCAUGAUCGGACAUAUCAUAGAUGAUACCCUCAAGUUUGGAUUCCUUUAUUUUGAAAUUUACGUUCCAUACGUGUGUGCUUUCUGGAUCAUAUUCGGAGGUAAAAAGAACGCCGAGAUCAUGGAAAAAGCAGGGCAAGACAGCAAAGGAUGGGCGGACUUUAACGACCUCAUGUACUCCGUGUGGCAGUUGACAGUCGUGGGGAACUACCCCUGGGAUUCCCUGCUCGUAGUGGAUCGACUGAUGGCACAAAUCCUGUGCGGAACUUAUCUAGCAGUGUCUGCUAUUGUGAUGUUAAAUCUGUUCAUUGCUCUCAUGUCUGACACGUUUCAGCGUGUCUAUGAUAACGCCAAAGCCAACGCGGCUAUGCAGCGUGCAAGCACCAUUCUCAACAUGGAAGAAAACAUGGGGGAUAAGAGUCGUGAGAUGCACAGAAGAUUUAUUCAUCAAAGACUGGCCCCAGAGGAAAUGUACUACGAUGAUGACUCCACGCAGCCAGGCUCAGGUACUCUAGAGCGCAUGACACAUCAGAUCAAAGACGUUGUUGAUGAGGUUUAUGAAAUGCUGCAAGCAAAGAGUAAUGGAACGAGCAAGGCGGACAGGAACCUGGGGCGAGAAAUUGAAAGAUUACGUUCUGACCUCGCAGUAGUAUCCAACCGACAUGAGGAGACUGUUAAAGACAUGAGAAAUGAAGUGGCGGAAAUGAAAGCUCUGUUGAUUCGAGUUUUGCAGCAGAACUCCGUCCCAUCGCUGCCUUCUAUGCGCUCACUUCAAGAUCAGCAUCACUCUCCGGAACAUCUGAACACGAACGAGGCGCGAAUGCCUACAAAAAGAUCGGCAAGCAGUCGGUCACGCCGUAAAAAGCAUCGGCGGCAAGUCAGCCACCCAAGCGACGACGAAGUCGAUCACGGGACUUACCAGGGAUUGCCGCUGGGUGAUGACACUAAAGGCGAGUCAAAUGAGUUGCCAAGUGUUCGAGUGCUGGUCUCGCGAGUUUCGAGUAGCAGACAACAUAAAGAAGAUCAGGAUCGCUCUUAAUAAUCCUCAGUAUAGAGACAAACAAAUGCGCAGCUCUAACUUAAAACCAACAUUCAAGUAACUUAUAGCUAGUUGCCAUUUCAAGUUAAUACUUGUUACUAAUUAAUUUCCAUUUUGGACGGAAAAGUAAGCAACCAAAAUAGCCUACGGAGCUGGUAGAAUCUCGCGUGCAAGAGCUUUGUUUCAGCGUCAGCGACGAGACCGUGAAGGAGUUACCUCUAACUACUUGACCAUUCACCAGUUUCCCCGCGGCUUCGCCAAUUUCGUAAGAGGCUCCGCCGCUGAAACAAAGCACUCGAGCGCGAAAUCCCACCAGCUACGUAGGCUACAAGCAAGACGUCAGAGAUGUCGCUGUGAUGACGCUAGUCAUUGGAAUCUACUUUAGGAAUACAUACUGCCCCUCUUACUCCAGAAGUGAAAGGCGACGUCUUUGUUGUGCACUUUAGGUCAAGUUACGACCAGUUACCACUUGUUUCAAGAGGAUAAAUUUAGUAGAAAGCUCAGAUAGGGGUGGAAACUCUCCUUCGGUCAGACUUUCACAUAUAGUGACUUGGAUUUAAAGGAGCUACGUCGCGGUUAGCGCAUCUCGAAAAGUUAGCCUAGAUUUUUCAAGUUCGUUGAUUGUAAUCAGUGUUCAUCUUCUCCAUCCUAAACCAUCCUUGUUCC